AUGACUUUUGACCGUUCAUUUUCUUUUAAAAUUGUGGAAUCCUACACUCCAACAUCAUUUGUAAACCAUUCAUUCCCAAUCUAUACUUCUGUGUUGUUUGUGAGCAAGAUUCCCGCAGCUUCAUUUUUUGAUCGUACUACCUUAAGCACAACAGAUAAUGAUCAUAAUAAUAAUACCAACCUCUCUGCCACAAUCCUGGAUGCACGGUUUAUUAAAUCUCUCAGAAAGUACACUGAAAAACAUGCACCGGUAUCCUCAUCUUCUUCAGGCAAACCGUUACGCGUGGUUUACGACGCGGAUGCUAUAAAUCUGAGCUACUCAAUAACAACGUCACCAAGCGUGGUUGUGCUCAAAUCCAAAAUUCCCAGCACACCUAUGCCUCCUAUAAAUUCACUUGAGCACUUGCCUGAAAUUCAUCCCAUGCGAAUUGAUAACAUUGAUCCCCCAGAUAUCAAAGCUCUCAUCCAAUUACUUCCGCACGCACCGGGGACAACGUCAACCAUUACCUUCUCAGAACCUACCCUCGCACAACUUAUGGAUGAACAUACGUCACUGCGUUCAAUUGCAGCGUCAUUAGCUACGAUACCUACUUUAUUCAAUAGCAUAGCACCAGCCUCAUCGUUAUCAACCACAAAUUGGUCCAGGUUUACAACUGGCGGUGCGCGAUUCCCUCAUGCUCCACCACCUCCAUCAGCAACGUUAUCACAGAGUGUUUACCACUCCCAAAAUUUCAGUGGGCCUCAAGAUACAAGAAUACCAGUGUUACCAGACACUAACCCUUACCGAAGUCAACAGACUACUGGAACAGCAGCAUCUGCAGCUGGUCACCCGUUUUUCCAGGCAGGCGGUGGGUAUAAGAAAUCAGCUGGGCGGAAAAUAGGUGGUAGCGGCAAAAGCGGAAGGUAUGGGGGGAAUAAUAGAAGCGGAGGUAGUGAAGGAAACGGAUGGAAUGGAAACGUAAGAAAACCUUGGGGUGGAAGUCCUAAUCGAGGCGGACGUGGAGGACGAGGUGGGUGGCGUGGAGGAAAUAGUGGUCGGGCCAAGUGA